CCGCGCAUAGCAAAGCUCGUCGCAAGUGCAAAUGACUGCAAAAACGUCAAACAAGCAACGACGAACAACAUCCUCCAACAUGCCUCUACUGUGCUGCUUUGUUCACAUUUGCUUUUGCCAGCCUAUCACUUCAAAGUUCAAUCUAUCUUACAACCCAUUUCGUGCUGCUAAUGAUACCAAUAAUUAUAAUUUAUCUACACCAAGACGCUUAGCUAACUGCCAUAACAAACCCCACCAUCAGCAGCAAACUAGCAAUUCAUGCCUCCAUAACCAGUAACACACAUGGCUACUCCGCCUUCUUUUCUGUUUUCCAAAACAUAUCAAAGUACGAAUAUAAAACAAAAGCUAAAAUCCAUUGGAGAUCGUGUUGCUUAGAGCCUUACAGGGGGGUUUGAGUUUUGAGGAGAAAAAAAAACACUACUAGAGAGCAAAUCUGGGUAGUAGCUGCUGUCUCAAUCUUCUCAACCUUUUCCCCACUUGGAUUCUGCACAACAGUUACUUGAUGAAACUCCUCUAUGGAGAUACCAUUACACCAUACCCUCUAUUCCCAUCUGGGUUUUCGUUUUCAUCACUUUCAGCUUCUUCUCCAAUAUUUCAAUGGCUUCUUCUUCUGUAAUGUUGGGUGAUGUGGGUGUCAAUGUUGUCCAUGGUAGCAGCAAUAGUAGUAGCCAUGGGACUCCAUUGACGAGUGCUUCCAACAACAGCAGUGCCAUUAACCAGAUGGGGAAGAUGGUUAGGAAGAGAAUGGCUUUGGAGAUUGAAGUGCAGACCAGUGUUGGCCAUGACCAUCUCAGGCUUUCACGCAGGACCAUCAGCCCUUCAGGUAUUAAUGGCGGUUGUUCUUUCUCAGCCUCUAAUAACAACAACAGUGAUACGAGUCAGAACCCAAAUCUCCUCCUCAACUACUCCACUAUGUUACCUUCCUCCACAAACAACAACUUUACCACGAUGACGUCAGCCGCCUCUGGGUUACAAUCCGCUGCAUCAAUCUUACCCUGCAUCGAAACCCUCUCAGUGCCACAUCCCAAACCCCUGCCGGAGCCUCCCGCCGUGUGCGGCUUCUCCGGUCUCCCUCUGUUUCCACCGGAGAGAAACCUAAACGCUGCGAUUCCUGCCACUGCAGCAACGAGUACUGGUUCAAUUUCAAACCCUAAUCCUCCCAUGGACGACGGCUCGGCGACUGCGUGGAUUGACGGAAUCAUAAAGGAUCUCAUACAUAGCUCCACGAACGUCUCCAUUCCUCAACUCAUCCAGAACGUGAGGGAGAUUAUCUACCCUUGCAAUCCAAACCUCGCUUCGCUUCUCGAGUACAGGCUCCGGUCGCUUAUGGAGCCUGUUGUUGGUUAUCAGGAGAGAAGACGGAAGAAACCGUUACCACCGCCUCUGCCGUUAAACUACAUUGAUCGGCAGCAGCAACCAGUAGUACAAGGUCCUAAUCGCUCGCUCGCGCUUAAUCUAGGUCCUGGUGUAGACAAUAUCGCCCCUCAUCAUGCUUUACCAGAUUCGAUGAAUCAUUACUUGUUACUGAGCCAAACAGACUCCCAAAAUCUUCACAACAAUCAUCAGCAAACCGUACAACCACCGCGGCCAGUGGUAACUCAGCCAGAGACGCAGCAUCAACCGCAACCGCAGGUGCAUGACCAGGAGAAAUCUUCAUCCCAGGAGACAGCGGCGUCAACGCCGUCAGAGUCCAACGCCGCCGCAGCCGCAGCAACUGCGGCGGGGAAGAAGGAGGAGUUGCGGCAGCAGAAGAAAGACGAAGAAGGAUUGCAUCUGCUAACCUUGCUCCUACAAUGCGCGGAGGCUGUUUCCGCUGAUAAUUUCGAAGAAGCGAACCGGAUGCUUCUAGAAAUCUCACAAAUGUCGUCACCGUUCGGGACAUCAGCGCAGCGAGUGGCGGCCUAUUUCUCCGAAGCAAUGUCAGCUCGGCUGGUGAGUUCGUGUUUGGGAAUGUACGGAACGCUUCCAUCCGUCCCUCACAGUCACAAAAUUGCGUCGGCGUUUCAGGUAUUCAACGGAAUCAGCCCCUUCAUCAAGUUCUCGCAUUUCACGGCGAAUCAAGCGAUUCAAGAAGCAUUCGAAAGAGAGGAUAGAGUACACAUCAUCGAUCUAGACAUCAUGCAAGGCCUGCAAUGGCCUGGGCUUUUCCACAUCCUUGCUUCGAGGCCCGGUGGACCCCCAUUUGUCCGGCUCACUGGGCUCGGAACCUCCGUAGAAGCUCUGGCGGCUACGGGCAAGAGAUUGUCUGAUUUUGCCCAGACACUUGGGCUGCCGUUCGAGUUCAUUCCGGUUGCGGAUAAAGUCGGAAAUGUAGACGUGGAGAGGCUCAAUGUAAGCAAGAGAGAGGCUGUGGCCGUUCACUGGUUGCAGCAUUCACUCUACGACGUCACUGGUUCUGACGCCAAUACGCUCUGCCUUCUUCAGAGAUUGGCACCAAAGGUGGUGACAGUGGUGGAGCAGGAUCUCAGCCAUGCAGGAUCAUUCCUAGGCAGGUUUGUGGAGGCCAUACAUUAUUACUCGGCAGUGUUCGACUCGCUAGGAGCGAGCUACGGGGAGGAGAGCGAGGAGCGGCACGUGGUGGAGCAGCAGCUGCUUUCGAGGGAGAUACGGAACGUUUUGGCGGUGGGAGGGCCGUCUAGGAGUGGAGAAGUGAAGUUCCACAACUGGAGGGAGAGGCUCCAGCAGUGUGGCUUCAAGGGCAUCUCUCUUGCUGGCAAUGCAGCCACACAGGCUACACUUCUCCUUGGCAUGUUUCCCUCGGAUGGUUACACUUUGGUUGAGGACAAUGGGACUCUCAAGCUUGGUUGGAGAGACCUUUGCUUGAUUACUGCUUCGGCUUGGAGACCCUUCAAUACGUUCACUCCUACCCAUCAUCACCGUUUUGCUGCUUAAAAGCCAGUGUAUAAUGUAUGAACUAUGAUGUUUCUCUAUACAGAAGAUGUUCUUGUAUGGUUGGAGAC